UCGUCUGUUGAUUCAAAAUUAGCUACUCUUCUAUCCUCCCCUCAAAAGUUAGGACGCAACUCAUCCUCCUGUAUGCCUUCCACACCUUCCAUGGCACCCAAUCUACUGAAUGAUUCGAAUUCUUACCAUAUGCUUCUUCGGGAGUUGUUCUUUCGUUUGGUCUUUGGUCUUCAAGUUGAGUCUUCCCUUUCGAUGGAGAUCAUUGCUUUUUGGUUGUGGCUCCAAGGCAAUGACCAAGUUGAUUACCUUCAGCGCAUAUACUCUUUUGGCGACAACCAUUUUUGCGUGAUUGUUUCUUCUGCAAAACGUUUUCUGGAAGUUCUCCAUUUCGGAUUAGAUGAUUUAGCAAGCAGAUCUACGCCGAGAAGUGACUUUAAGAAGGAAGCUGUUGAAGGAAUUUCUUUCUACCUCAAUGGUAUCUGUUACGAGGCCUUAGAAGAUCUUCGAGAGAGAAUAGAGAUGGAUUUUAUCCAUAAUCAGGGGACAUAUCUGCGCCAAGAAGCCUAUGGACAGCCCAUGACUGAUCGGGUUCCUGUAGGCUCGGAGCACCUUCUUAGCAAGAUCAAAGCUUUGUAUGUUAACAAUUCAAAUCAUGAUGGAGAAGGCACAAGUUCUAGAAAUAUCCAUGUUCAAGCAAAUCAUAUAAAUGACGAAGUACACGACUACCAGUCAACCUCCCGUCUGGUGACAUUGUUGGAUAGCUUGAGCUUAAGAGAGAAGCAUAAUGACGCAAUCAUGCAACAACCAUCUGAUGUUCCAAAAAGCUCGGUGAGAGUAGUUCAAAUAUGUUAA